AUGUUUUUCAGGCUGACAGGCUGGGCAACCAAUUUGGACAAGGCCGUGGAGUUUGGGCUAGAUGCGAAGGUGCUGGGCCUGCAAGUUGAUUUGAGCGGGUUGUCCUCGGGGCUGGCCAAACUGGGAAAUACUGAGUCCAGGCGACAUGAACUGGAUGAGACAAUUAGCGAGGUUCUGAAGAAAAAGAACCUCGGCGUGCACGAGGGCCAGAGGCUACGGGGACGCUUAUUGUUUGCGGAAAGCCAGGUCUUCGGGCGACGGGCCACUGUUGCCAUGGGAAUAUUGAACCACCACAUACAUGUGGUUCAAGGCGGACGCAUAUCAGGGGACCUGGUUUGGGCUCUGGAAAUGCUUCGUGACAAAGUUGUGCAUGGCCGGCCCAGGGAAAUUACACAUCACAUGUCCAAAGCGGUGCAUUUGUAUGUGGAUGCCUGUCAUGAAGAGAGCCGUGAGAUGCCAGCUGGCCUGGGGGGCAUCCUGGUGUUCCCUGAAUCCAACAAGAGGAGAUUUUUUAGCAAGAUGAUGGAUCACAGAUGUGGCGCUCUGGAAUCUGACUGA